UUGAGAAAGAUUGCAAUUGUUGGAAAUGUAGGAGAAGAAAAAUUAGAAUCAAAUGUAACAACAAAAAGUAAAACAUAUAUAUAUUUUGGUGAGAGAAUAUGAAUAAUGGAGGAUAAAUUAUUAGUCACCGAGGUUAGAUCUAAAUCACAGUUUGAAAGUAUUGAAUUUCCUGAUAAUGUGAAGAAAGAGAACACAAAAAGUGAAAUUUUAUAUCACUGUGAUGUCUGUGGUAAGUCAUUCUAUAAGAAGUCCAAUCUCACUACUCACAAAUACAUUCACACUGGAGAAAAACCAUAUCGCUGUGAUGUCUGUGGUAAAUCAUUCUCUCAAAAUGUUCACUUAGUUAGGCACAAACACAGUCAUACAGGAAACAAAUCAUAUCACUGUGAUAUGUGUGGGAAAUCAUUUUCUCAAAGAUCUCAUUUAACUAAUCACUUACAUACUCACACAGGAGUAAAGCCAUAUGAUUGUGAUAUUUGUGGUAAAGCAUUCUCUCAAAAGGAACACUUAAUUAAACAUAAACGUAUCCAUACAGGAGAAAGACCAUAUCAGUGUGAUAUCUGCAGCAAAUCAUUCUCUCAAAGAUCUACCUUAACUAACCACUUACUAACUCAUACAGGAGUUAAACCACAUCACUGCGACAUCUGUGGUAAAUCUUUUUCUCAAAAUGAGCACUUGACUAAACAUAGACGUAUUCAUACAGGAGAAAAACCAUAUCAGUGUGACAUCUGUGAUAAAUCAUUUUCUCAAAGAUCUGGCUUAGCUAACCACAUAUAUAUCCAUACAGGAGGAAAACCAUAUCAUUGUGAUAUCUGUGGUAAAACCUUCUCUCAGAAUGAACACUUGACUAAACAUAAACGUAUUCAUACAGGAGAGAAACCAUAUCAGUGUGAUAUAUGUGGUAGAUCAUUCUCGGAAAGUGGUCAUUUAACUUCUCAUAAACGCAUUCAUACAGGAGACAGACCGUUCCAAUGUGAUAUCUGUGGUAAAUCAGUCUGUCAGACAAGUGAAUUAACUAAACAUAAACGCGUUCAUACUGGAGAAAAACCAUAUUGCUGCGAUAUCUGUGGUAAAUCAUUCUCUGUAGGUAGUGCCUUAACUAGACACAGACGUAUUCAUACAGGAGAGAAGCCAUAUCACUGUGAUAUCUGCAGUAAAUCAUUUUGCCAAAGUGGUGAGUUAACUAUACACCAACGUAUUCAUACAGGAGAGAAGCCAUAUCAUUGCAAUACCUGUGGUAAAUGUUUCUCUCAAGUAAACAGCUUAACUAUACACAAACGUAUUCACACAGGAGAAAAGCCAUAUCACUGUGAUAUCUGUGGUAAAUCAUUUUCUUCGGGAAAUGGUUUAACUGUUCACAAACGCAGACAUAUAUGAGGAAGACCAUGUUGCUGUGAUAUCAUUGGCAAAUGAUUCUCUUCAAGAAGUCACUUAACUACUCAUAUUUUUAUUCCUAUAGAAAAGUAAUUGUUUCAACAUUAACCCUUAGGCAUUCGAGCCUGCUGUAUCAGGCCAAAAUAUUUAACCUAUUUUAUGUGAAACUGGCCAGAUCGGGCUUCUAACUAAUCUCCUUCAAUGUCAUUCUGAACGUAAACAAUCACAUCAUUAAAAUCUCAAAGCUACAUGUUAAUGUACAAUUAAUUCAAAACAAUGUGAAUAAAUAAGCAUUACAUUUGACAGAGAAAUCUGAAUGCUAAAGGAUUACACUGGCCAUAUCCAGCUCAAAUAUUCUACCUGUUUUAUGUUCAAACUCAUCAGAUUCAGCCUCUCACACAUACCCUACAAUGUCGUUAUAAAAAUAAACGAUCACAUCACUAACAUUUCAAAGCUAUGAGAUAAUGCACGAUUAAUUCAAAACAAUGUGAAUAAAUAAAAAAAAAAUUACAUUUGCGGUUUCAGUUUCCACUUACCAAAUCCACUCACAAAAGUAUAAUAGAAGACAUUUGCCCAAGGUGUCAUGCAGUGGGACUGAACCCAGAACCAUAUGGUUGGGAAUACCAGAAAUUUGCUUGUCAGUUGCUUGAGCUUAACCACUUGAACAUGUCUCGACAAUAUGUCCAUCAUAGUCAUGUGUUGAGAAGGUUUCUUUGCGGUUUGAAUAAAUGUGACAAAAACAAAGUUUGAAGGAAAUAUUAACCAUUUUUCAUACUUUCUAGGGGUAAACAAACAAGAAAUAACAGUUGCUACCCAAGGACAAAAACCGUGUUAUGAAGAGUUAUUUACUGUGCAUACGUGUGGGCUGCCAUACUUAUGAUCGGAAUUGAACAUUGAUAACAGAAAGUGGUCUAAGCCGGGGGUUUUCAAAUUUUUUGACUUGCGGACCCCUUUAUAUUUCAGGCUUUACCUUAGGGACCCCCUUAUAAACGCUUAUGAAAUUUAUACAUAAAUAUUUACUUAAAAUAACAUAUAUUUUUACAUUUAUUUAUUUAACAGCAUUUAACAAAUAGGUUUAUUGUCAAGUAAAAGAUUUCGAUUAAAAAACAUAUGAAAUCAAAUUGCCCAUAAAAAGUAUUUGCUGUCCACGGACCCCCUGUCUUGUCCUUGCGGACCACAGUUUGAAAACCCCUAGUCUAAGCGACUGUACUUAAAACAUACAUCGCUAUGAUAUUCUGAACUGUAACUGAACAAUUAAGUUGAAUAAUUCUUGGCAAGCAGCUGCUUAGCUUGUCAUUACUUUUUCAAUAAUUAUUCAAACGAAGACUGAGAGAUAUCUGUUGGGGAGUCUUUUUAUUGAAGUAAUUGAGGGGAGGGCUGGAGUACAGCGAGUUAUAUUUACUCUAUGUUUGGGUUUAGUGGAGGCGCAAUGGCCCAGUGGUUAGGUCAGCGGACUCGCGGUUUCGAUUCCCAGACCGGGCGUUGUGAGUGUUUAUUGAGCGAAAACACCUAAAGCUCCACGAGGCUCCGGCAGGGGGGGGGGGGCGAAUCCUGCUGUACUCUUUCACCACAACUUUCUCUCACUCUUACUUCCUGUUUCCGUUGUGCCUGUAUUUCAAAGGAUCAGCCUUGUCACACUCUGUGUCACGCUGAAUCUCCCCGAGAACUAUGUUAAGGGUACACGUGUCUGUGGAGUGCUCAGCCACUUGCACGUUAAUUUCACGAGCAGGCUGUUCCGUUGAUCGGAUCAACUGGAACCCUCGUCGAUGGAGUGCCAACAACAACAAUAUUUGGGUUUGAGAAAAAAAUAUUUUUUUAUGAACUUUCACUACCUUACAAAUACUAUAUCAGCUAAGCAAAUGACUUUCUCUAAACGCUAAAACUUCCGGAUCUUUAGUACGUUUCGUUUGUGUCAAUUUCCGGAUGUUAGUACGUUUCGUUUUUUCCCACUCGCUUUUUGAUUUACCAAAUAAUUUUUGUUGUCGACUUCAAUCUCCAUUUAAAUCGCAUUUUGCUGUAAUAUAAAGACACUCCUCACGAAACACUGAAUUAUAUGAUUGUAACAGGUAAAAUAAAACAUAUAUUUUAAUUUUUAGUAAAUGUCUGUGAAUAUGGGUUAAUUGAAAUUUCCUGUCAAACGUGAAAGUUCCCAAGUUUUUUUUAUUGUUUCUUCUUAAAUGUUAUUAAAUUGGCCUACCUACAAAACUACUCCACUCCUGUCUUUGCUUUCUCAAAACUUAGAGUGAACUGAAUAUUUUUAAAUGAAAUAUUCUAUAAAUACUUUUCAGGUGUGUAGAUUACUAUUAUAUCAUGAAUUUAAUGAGAAAAAUAAAAUUGGGCGCGCACACAUACAUACUAAUAUACAUCAUAUAUUUAAGAAAUUUCAAGUCGCAUUUUGUUGACAUAUUGGAUGUAGGUCUAUAUGCUUUUGUACGAGCUCACUAUUUUUACCUAUCGUUAAAUUCCGAUAUAAUCGAAAUCGAACCAUCUAAAAGGUAUUUCAUUACAAUGUACCUAUUUUUCUGAAAGUUACGAGUAAGACAAAGUCUGUGAGAUAGAGAAACCACUUGUGUGAGCAUGCUAUUUAUCUGUUUGGAUAUUGUAAAUAAAUACUGAUCAUUUAUGUGUCCCAACAUA